AUGAAUGAUGCAUCCGCACUCGCCGCCGCCGCGACGGCGAUGACCUCGCGCGAGCGCGCGCUCGUCGCUCGAUUGCCCGAACCGCUGCGAUCGAUGUCCGUGAGCGACGUCGCGCGCGUCGCCGUGGAGGCGUACGGCCUCGGCGCGGGCGAGGGGACGUGGACGACGGGGCGAUGGAUGGGCGACGGGGCGACGGAUGCGGACGACGCGCUCGAGCGUCUGUGCGCGCGCGCGUCGACGUGCGCGCGGUGCGGGCGAGUCGUGCUCGAGGAAGCGAUGGCGGCGCACGCGAAGCGCGGGUGCGGAAGGGUAGAGAGGACGGAUGAAGGGGGUGGGAAGCGAGGACGGGCGGACGACGCGCGCGGGACGGAGGCGUCGACGCGCGCGGCGUCGACGCGUGAAGGGGAGGAAAGGACGCGGGAGAGGCGAGCGCGGGGGGACGAGGGCGCGCGUGAAUGUGCGUGGGCGGUUGCGCCGAUGGUUUCUGGGAAGGAAAAGGACACGAAGCGGGUGCGGUGGGCGCUCACGAUUGGCGCGAUGUUUCGCGCGAAGGCGUUCGAGAGCCCGCGAGACGCGUUCCGGUAA